AUGGAAAAAUGCACUGUGAAUGUAGAAAAUAGAAUAUUCAGACCCGUGUUUUUAUUCCGUUCAGCCUCGGACGAUUGCCAUCCAGCGCAGGAGAGCAGUCACACCUAUGGCGAUCAGUUGGGCUUCUGCAGCUCAAGGCAUUUGCAGCGUGAUCCCUACCAUCUCAGAGAGAGGAGAGUUCAGGAAAGUAAAUCAGAAGAAGGGACAGCUGUAGGGCAAAAGAGAUCACUGCCACCCGUUGUGGAGCCAGUCAAUAAGAGAAAUCGAGAGCAAGAGAGCAUCCGGGCCUAUGGAGAAAAAUUCACCAGCUCCAGAGCCAAAACCAUAAAGAGCACACGGAAAACACGCGUUAACAAGUUCUACAAAAAAGGAGAAUUGCUCGGGCAAGGAGGAUAUGGCUCUGUCUACGCGGGGACCCGAUUAUCUGAUGGACUGCCAGUGGCCCUCAAAUAUGUUAAUAAAGAUGAUGAUGAGGAAAUGCAGCUGCCUGGAAUGGAAAAGCCCAUGCCUAAGGAAGUCGGCCUGUUUCAGAUGGUGAACACCCCAUCGACUCAUCCGAACAUCUUGGAACUGUUCGACUGGUUUGACAGACCUGCUUCCUAUGUAAUGGCAAUGGAGCGCCCAGACCCCUGCAAGGACCUGUUCACCUACUGCCAGGAACAGGGGGGUGCGCUGGAUGAGGACCAGGCACGCAGUGUAACCCGUCAGCUGCUGGGGGCGCUAGAGCACUGUCAGAACAACGGAGUGCUGCACCACGAUGUGAAGCCCGAGAACAUCCUUAUACAGACCGACACGAAGGAGAUCAAGCUGAUUGACUUCGGGUGUGGGGACCCACUGAAGGACACCCCAUACACAGAAUUCUCAGGGACCCCCGAAUACUUGCCAGUCGAGUGGUUCGAGAAAGAGCAGUUUCUGGCGGGCCCUGGCACUGUGUGGUCAGUGGGUGUGACUGUAUAUAACAUCGUCACUGGCGACCAUCCCUUCAGUACCUACACCAGCAGGGAAAUGCAGAACGUGGAGUUCUGUGCAGGGGUGUCACCAGUGAUCAAGAACUUCAUUCGGUGCUGCUUAAGGCCCCGGGCAAACGACCGGCCCACCCUGGAGCAGCUACAGCUCCACCCCUGGCUCCAGCAGUCCAGCUGAGACACUGCAGUACAGCGUGUGGAUGCGCCCCAC